UCCCCGCGGAGGCGGGAGGGAGGGGAGCGCUGCCGGCCCCGGUGGUGCGGGCACCGGCACUGGCACCGGCACUGGCACCGGCACUGGCACCGACAGCGGAGCGGGGCUGGAGCCCGAGCCCGGCGGAGGAUGGGGCAGCGGCAGCGGCGGGGCCCGGCCGUGCUGCUCCUCGCCCUGGGGCACCUGGCCGGGCUGCUGGCAGCGGGACCCGCCUGCGCCGACGCUUACCGCGGCCUCUCGGACUGCGUGCUCAAGCUGGGGGACAGCAUGGCCACGUACGAGGAGGAGGAGGGCAUCGAGCUGCAGGGGCUGCACAGGGUCUGCAGGUAUUGGGAUGAAUUCCACACCUGUGCCCUGACAGUGCUCUGGGAGUGCCAGAAGGAAGCAGCAGCUGUCUGGGAGAUGCUGAGAAGGGAGUCCAGAAAAACCAAAUUUCAAGGCAGCUUGUUCGACCUGUGCAGCCCCAGCAUGGCCCAAAGCUCUGCCUGGACCCACGUUCCCAACAUUUCCAUGCUCAGCAUCCCCCUCAUCGUCACUUGGCUGAACUUAUAAACUGCAGCUCUGUGAGUAUCCCAACAGAAGUGGUGGCAGGGUGUGGUGUGGCACCUUUCAGAUGUGUUUUCCAAACCUUGGAGGAAUACACUGUGUGGAGCUCAGAAACUCCCAGCUCCAUUCUGCACCUGUGAGACAUGGAAGAGCUUGGCAGCAUCUCCAGGGUGUUGAAAUUUCUCUGUAAUUUGGAGUAACUCCUCUCCCCCUUCUGCCUCAAGGCACAGGCACAGAUCUGGCUGUUGGGAGAUUUGGGAACUUGUAAAUACAGGGCACAGGAUUUGGGGAGAAAUGAUAAAUUCUGGAAAAAAGAUGAAUGCUGGAUACUUCUGCGCUCUUUUAUGGCAACUGGAAGGAAACCUGUUUACUUUGCUGACUCUUUCCACCAGAUCAACUCUCCAGGGUUUUGAUUUGGACACUCAAAACAAGAUGGGUGUUUUCCCACUGCUCCAUGAGGUGCAGGGGAUGGUGUCUGUCCUGUCACAGGCUGAAGGGAGACCUUACUGCCCUGUGCUGGCCUUUCUUCUUUGAGGACGUGGUAAAACCCCUGCUGAACAACAAUCACAGUUGCAUGACUUCUCUUGCACACAUCUGAAUUCCUGAGUAACUUCUGUGUUAUGUGUAAAUCCCUUUUCUAUGGACAGAGGUGGAAAAUAUUUGGGGGGAGAGGGAGUAUCAAGCUAGGAGGACAAAAGGGAUUUAUAGCAACUCCUCUGCUUUAAAGCUUUCCCCAAGGUACCUGUAAGCAGCUGUGGGUAGAAUGUGUAAUUCCAGAGUAUUAAAGUUUGUUGUAGAGCCAACAGUA